AUAAAAAAUUGUGCACGCGAAACGCAUCUGAUAUUUUUGCAGCCUUGAUUGUUUAUAAAAACAGAUUGUGCUCAUCCGCCGUAACCAGCAUGGCGUCAGCGUCGGUUGCGAGGGGUGAGGUGUGUGGUGUUUUGGGGUCAAUUUUGCCAGCUUUAAAUGAUUCUUUGUCCAAUUCAAACAAGAAAGAAAACAUGAGUUCUGCAAGCAAGGUUGGAGAGAUAUUUUGUGAUGCUGGUAAAGCAUUCAAUAAGCUGGGCAAUUUGACAAUCCAGUUGCAGCAAGCGUCGCAGCAGGCUCCUAACAGCGGGAAAUGGCGUGAGGAAGAGAUCGAGAUGCUGCACGGCGCCGUGCGCAGGUUCGCCUCCGACCUGCAGAAGAUCAGCGACACCAUGAAGUCUCGCAGUGUGAACCAGAUCCGUAACGCGCUGAAGAAGAAGGCGUUCGACGAGGCCGGUCUGCAGGCCCAGCAGCAGCAGCAGCAGCAGCAGGCGGCGGCCAAGGAGCAGGCCAAGCUGGCCGCCCAGUCGGACGUCACUCUGAACAUGCUGAACGCCGGCGAGUCGGAGGUGGAUGUUGAGGAGAUGGACCACUACGACGGGCCCACCGAGGAGGUGUCGCCGUGAGGGGUGCUCGCGGCAUGCCGUGAGAGCGAGAGGGACAGUGGUUCGUGAGAGGGAUAGUGAGUCGUGUUUCGUGAGACGGACAGUGGGACAGGUUUGUGAACCGGACGGCAGUGGACUGUGGACUGAUGGGACAGUAGACUGGUCUGUGUUCGUGUGUUCGUGAGAGGGACGGUGGGGUGUGUUCGUGAGAACAGUGGGUUGUGUUCGUGAAAAGGAUGGUGGGAGGUUGUGUUCGCUUGUUUGCCACGACGAACGGGCAGCGGCUGCCUUUUGGGGCAGAUCUGGACCUCAGGCGUUCACCUGAUAACUUACCCGAAAACGCUGAGUCUGUGAGAUGUUGCUGGCGUGGAUGGUACGUGAUGGAAGCGUAACAGGUCUUGAGAUGUUCGCGGUGUCUCAGUAAAGCAUCACCAAAUGUAAGCGGUAGCCAAGAAUGGUAUGUUUGUGUUUUUAAAGGCAGGUGGUGUACUUUGGUCGUCUUGUCGAGGUGUAGUUGCAGUUUUGUCUUCAUCGCCAAGGCUUCCCUUUGUGGCUGCUCUCCCCUUUGGCGCUAAACUUUAGUAAGGUCGUGCUCACUUCUUGCCUGCCUUAUCCUGAACUUUUAAGAAUUUGUUUGUGUUUUUUCCAUGGACGGCUCUCAUCCAAUUAGUUUCUGAAGUCAGGGUGUAGGUGAAGGUGUACGAAUAUCCCCUUUUUCAUAUAUUGACUGUAAAUUGGGAUAAUGUUGUACAGAUAAAUAUUCGUCAUUAUCGUAAUGUCGCUUCAUUUCAUCACACUCAUCGUACAUUUGAUGCUGUUUUAACAGCUGUGUCCAUUACCAUAAAUACAUCGCUGAACUUCGGA